AUGCAGAUCAGAUAUCCAUUUGAGGGACAGAUGACUGUAUGUGCAAAGUUUGACAAAGAUAUUUACCUCCCAGAAGAUGCUGAAUGUUACUUUGUUUACAAUGGAUCCACUCAGAGACAUAUAACGUUUGCUGAACGAAUUAAUGAUAGUGCUCUUCAGUCCAUCAUUCCAGAGUCUAAUCGCAAAGAAACGCUGCUUCAUCUCACAGUAAGAUUGGGCUUGGUUAAACUCUCGCAAUUCCUGUUAUCUCAGCCUGGUGGGCCAUUGGCAUUAGCUUUACCUAAUGAAGCUGGAGCAACACCAUUAGAUUUGGCUUCACAGAAUGGACACUCCAGACUUGUUGAAAUCUUCAUGAAUUUUCAGGGCAGUCAUUCGUUUGACAUUUCUAGAGCUGAGAUCAGUGAGUGUGCUUUCCUACAGUUUGUUCAUUCAUCAGGAACUCUGACACUGACAUUUAAUCACACCGCAGAACGUUUGCUGGAGUCUGACAUUAAGCUCUUCAGGAAAUACUUCUGGGAUAGAACCUUUCUUUACAAGAGUCUUAAUUCAAAACAAGCUGGGACAGUGGAAGGACGACAAAUGCCCUGCAAUUCAACAGAUUCUGCAGAAGAUCCCAUGAACUUGGCAUCUGAUGAACCAGCACCUGGAAGUGAAGAUGUGAAGCCUUUCAGAGAUCCUGUGGUUCCCUCAAGUGAAAAUGAAGACCAGGUCUUGUUGGAUAUAGCAAAACCAGUUAUUGGACUGGAUCUUAGCACAGGAUGGCGUGAGCCAUCAGGGAGCGAUUAUGGCUCACUAAUUUUGAAGCCACAUCUGUUCUGGUUCCUGCUCUGGUUACACCAGCUGCGUGUGGUCUUCAAGGGACUGAACAGCAGCAGGAGACAGACUCAGUGGGGGAUAAGGAGAGAGAAAUGGGAAGAAGAAAAACAGAGCGAGAUACUGAGGGGAGGUGUGAGGGAAGAAGAAUGA